AUGCCCCGUGGACCCAGUCGGCCCUAUCGAACUCUCACCAUUAUCCUCGCAGGGCUGGUUGUCAUCCUACUGGGUGCCAAUGUCUAUCUCACACUGCCUUGGGCCUUUUCCGGCUCCGGCUCCGGCGCGGGUUCCUGUCCGUGCUCUCCGCCGGACGUGCCCCAGUAUUUCCAGACCUCCCCUCAGCUCUGGGCCGGCGCAACAGCCACUGGCCGACCGGCCUUCAUGGCCCAGACCCGUGUAUUCGAUCCCACCAACACCUACUUCCCCAAUGAGCCCCUGCAGACGGCCAUUCCCGUCGAGGGGAUGCAAGAGGGCAACCAGAGUAUCUUCCACAACAUGGGUUACCUGUCGCCUUACCACCCGAGCCCUGGCUUUGGUGUUGACGAGUACCCCCUUCCCGAGGAUGCCGAGAUCAUUCAGGUCCAGAUGGUGUCCCGUCACGGUGCACGAUACCCGACUCCAAACUCCGAGGUCGCCCAGUUGGGCGCGCUCCUUGCCAAGCACUCUGGCAAGAUGAAGACCAGUGGGCCCUUGAUUUUCCUCAACGACUGGAAGUAUGAACUUGGCCUGGCGAUUCUGGUUAACAGAGGACGCGAGGAGCUGUUCCAGUCUGGUAUUCUGCAUAGUUACAUGUAUGGGAGCUUAUACAACCCUAACACCAAGCUCAUUGUCCGGACUACGACUCAAGACCGCAUGCUGAAGUCGGCCGAGAACUGGAUGGCUGGCUUCUUCGGCCUUGAAUGGACAAACAAUGCCACUAUUGAAGUGAUUAUCGAGGGCCGCGGCUUCAACAACUCCCUUGCCGGAUCCCAAAACUGCCCCAAUUCCAACGACGGGUCCUACCUGGAGCCUGUCAAAACUUGGGCUGAAAUCUAUCUUAAAGGCGCAACGGCUCGCUUCCAAAACAUGACGGAAGGGUUUCAGUGGACUCCCAUGGACGUCUACGCUGCGCAGGCCAUGUGUCCGUAUGAAACUGUCGCCUACGGCUUUAGCAAGUUCUGCGAUCUCUUCACGUAUGAGGAAUGGCAGCACUUCGGGUAUUCGAUCGACUUGGCUUUCUCUGCCGGAAGUGGCUUCCACCAUCCCACUAGCAGAGCCGUGGGUAUCGGAUACCAGCAAGAGGUCAUCGCCCGCCUCAGGAACCAUACUCUGGGCUACUCCGGGUCGCAAAUCAACACAACGCUUGACAGCAGCACUGAGACCUUCCCGCUGAACCAGAGCCUCUACUUUGACUUCUCCCACGACACCAACAUCAUCUCUAUUCUGACUGCGUUUGGCUUCACUCAGUUCAGAGACGAGCUCCCUGCAGACAGGUACCCCGGUGACCACGAGUUCACUGUAGCCCAUGUAACACCCUUCGGAGCCCGUUUAGAUAUGGAGGUCAUCAAGACGCCCAAGCCACUUUCUGCAAGCCGAGAAGGCUACGAGGAUGGCGAGGAGACGAAGUACAUUCACUUCAUCCUGAAUCAGCGAACGUUGCCACUCGGCAAGAGCUUCCCCGAGUGCGGUGCUGAUCGUAAAGAUGGGUGGUGCGAGUUGGAGACGUUCCUGAAGGUACAGGACAAGAUGGCUGAACUAGCCAACUUUGACUUCGCCUGCUUUGGGGAGUACGAGAAACUUCCUUAUGGCAAGGUGACGGAUGGUAGGCCCCUGUGA